CACGUGACGUACACCAACUUCCGGUUGUGCGUCAUCUCCACUGGACAGAAUCCAACUUCGCGCCAUCAGUUGAAGGAUUUCGUUACUUUUGUGACCCUAAACUGCGAGAAAGCCUGUUCAUAAUGGACAUCAGGCGGUUCUUUCCACCAACUUCAGCCAAGCCUGCGGUGCAGAAACCGUCUCCAAAUGGAAACGUCAAAACAGAGGAGAAGAAGAAGAAGAAGAAGAAGCAUCCUCUCUCUUCAGACGAGGAAGUGAAAGAGAAACAGACCGCCAAGGUGAAAAACUCCAAACCAGAGGAGAAACGCAAGGAUGGUGAGAAAAAACGAAAGAAGAAUUCAGUCAUAGAAUCAGACUCCGAGGAUGAGAAACCAGUGAGGAAGUCAAAGAACUCCCCCAAAGAGAAACAGAAGACAAGCAAAACAGAGACACCUCCCAAAAAAGAUCCUGUGCAAUAUGUCUCUGAAACAGACUCCGACAGCGACAACUUUCAGUCCUUGAAGAAGGUCUCCAACCCCAAGCAGAAUGGCACAGCCAAACCGACAAAAUCAGAUGCAGGCAGCGCUCGUCCAGGAGCCAUAGAGGGGCUGAAGUCUCCUGUCAGGCCCUCCUCCAGACAGGGCAAAACUGCAGUAAAGACUCCUGUUUUGCCAGUCACCCCUAAGUCAGCCCUGCCUCCUCCGCCCAAACAUACCCCCACCUCAGUAUUCGACUACUUCGGCAGUGCAGCUGUUCAGCGUUCAGAUAAGAAGCUCGUAGCCAGCACCAAACGAAAGGCCCCAACUCAGGACGCAGAUGAUCUGAGUGAUGAGCAAAUUGCCAAACAGCUGCAGAUGGACGAGGACAUGGAGAUGGAGAAGCAGGUCCACGAUGACGAGGAGUUUGCCAGAACUCUAGCCAUGCUGGACGAGGAGCCUCAAGCAAAGAAGGCUCGUAAAGGCUCUGAUGAAAAACCAGCCUCCACCGCAUUUUCCAAAAAGAGCAGUACAGACUCUGCUGCUGGCAGCCCGUCAAAGACCAACCGAAGAGGCAGCAUGUCGGAGGAUGUGAUAAGUCCGACUCCUAAGAAGAACCCCGGUUCCAUCAAAGCCAGCUCGAAACUGGCCAUGAUGAAGAAAGAGGAAGAAGAGAGGGACCAAAGGCCAAAGAGCAAAACGCUAAUUUCGCCGACAAAAAUAAAAAUCUCUCCCAAAAAGGAGCCCAUCGCUUCGUCGAGCUCAGACAAGAAGUUCACUCCCAAAUCAGGAACCACGCCCACCGCAGUUAAAACUUCCCCAAAGAAACCAGAGAUGAGCAAGUCUUAUCAGAGCACAAGUACGAGUCCUGACGACGCAGACAAGAAGAAGAACUCUGCAGCGUUCAGGAACUUCCUCAACAGAGAUGGACCACGAGCUCUGGGCUCCAAGGAGAUCCCACAGGGUGCAGAGAACUGUUUGGAGGGCUGUGUGUUUGUGCUGACGGGGGUCAUGGAGUCCAUGGAGAGGGAUGCCGCCAAGUCCCUCAUCGAGCGCUACGGAGGCAAAGUGACGGGCAACAUCAGCAAGAAGACCACCUACCUGGUGCAGGGCCGAGACAGCGGCGUCUCGAAGCUGGAGAAGGCGGAGAGUCUUGGUACCAAGAUCCUGGAUGAGGAUUGUCUGUUGGAUCUGAUCAGAACCAAACCAGGAAAGAAGUCCAAGUACGAGAUCGCUGCAGAAGCUGAGAGCAAAGCCUCAAAGACCAGGACUCCCCCCAGCAAGACAUUGAAGAGCACGCCCAAAGCCCAGAAGAUCUCUCCUUCCAAGGGUAAUUCCAGGUCCCCUCAGACCCCGAGCCCGUCAAAGACCGGCCUGGCACGAGGCCACAGUGCCAAGUCCAGAUAUACCGGCACUCCACCUGGAAGAGGCUCAGCUCACACAGCCCGGAGGGAGCUGGGCCUUUCCUCUUCCUCUUCAGCCCCAGGAGCCUCCUCCCCAUCAGCGACAGGGGAGGAUGCCAGUCUGCUGUGGGUGGACAAGUACCGCCCGCUCUCUCUGAAGACUGUGAUUGGCCAACAGGGAGAUCAGAGCUGCGCCAAUAAGCUGCUCCGCUGGCUGAAGAACUGGCACAAACACCACAGCGGCGGCUCUUCCAAGCCAGCAGCUGCGAGGUUCGGUAAGUUUGGAGGAGCGAAAGAUGACGGAUCAGGAUACAAAGCUGCUCUGCUCUCUGGACCUCCGGGCGUGGGCAAGACCACCACAGCUGCCCUGGUCUGUGAGGAGUUGGGCAUCAGCUACGUGGAGAUGAACGCCAGCUGUACUCGCAGCAAAAACAAUCUGAAGGAAGUCGUCGCAGAGUCACUUAACAACACCAGCAUCGAGAGCUUCUACAAAGGCACGUCUCAGAAAGUGAGCAGUAAACACGUGCUGAUCAUGGAUGAGGUUGAUGGCAUGGCUGGCAACGAGGACCGUGGAGGAAUCCAGGAGAUGAUCAACCUGAUCAGAAAUUCAAAGAUUCCCAUCAUCUGCAUGUGCAACGAUCGUAACCACAUGAAGAUCAGGUCCCUGGCCAACUACUGCUUCGAUCUGCGCUUCCAGAGGCCACGAGUGGAACAGAUCAAGGGAGCCAUGAUGUCCCUCGCUUUCAAGGAGGGAAUCAAGAUCCCACCUCCAGCUCUUAAUGAAAUUAUCCUAGCCUCCAAUCAGGAUGUCCGACAGGUGAUCCACAAUCUCAGCAUGUGGUCGGCCAGAGACAAGGUGAUGACGUAUGAUAAGUGCAAGUCUGAUGCAGCCAGCGCCCGCAAGGACUUAAAAAUGGGGCCGUUUGAUGUUUGUAGGAAAGUGUUUUCCUCCAAUGACGACACUGCCCAAAUGAGCCUCAUCGACAAAUCUGACCUUUUCUUCCACGACUACUCGCUAGCGCCGCUCUUUGUCCAAGAGAACUACCUGCAUGUUCGGCCAAAGGCUGCCGGUGGUGACAUGAAGUCCCACCUGAUGUUGCUCAGCAAGACGGCUGACUCCAUCUCUGACGGAGACCUGGUGGACAGACGGAUCCGCUCUGGCCAAAACUGGUCACUGCUUCCCACCCAGGCCAUCUAUGCCAGCGUGUUACCAGGCGAGCUCAUGAAAGGCUACAUGAGUCAGUUCCCCACCUUCCCCAGCUGGCUCGGCAAGAACUCCUCCACCAGUAAACAUUCCCGCAUCGUCCAGGAGCUGGCCUCACACAUGGGUUUAAAGACGAUGAGCAGCAGACAGGCGGUGAACCUGGACUACCUGUACUACCUGCGGCAGGCGCUGCUCAGCCCACUUCAGAGGCACGGGGCGGAGGGCGCCGCUGAAGCUGUGAAGCUGCUGGACAACUACCAGCUCAUCAAAGAGGACGUGGACAGCAUCAUGGAGAUCAGCGUCUGGGGCGGACAAUCAGACCCCUACUCUAAACUGGACCCUAAGGUGAAGGCAGCGUUCACACGGGCCUACAACAAAGAAGUUCACCUGACGCCGUACUCUCUGCAAGUAGUCAAGAAGGGCCGUGGUGGUGGAGGAGGUGGCGGCGGGGGGGAGGAAGAGUUGGGAGGAGUGGACAAUGAAGUGCAGGAGUCUGAGGACGAGGGCCUCAAAACCGACGCCAUGAUCAAACAGAAGAAGGCCAAAGCCACCAAGGAGUCAAAGAAGGAAGAUUCUGGGAAGGGCAAGGGUAAAGGCAAGGGCAAAGGCAAGGCCAAGAAAUGACCGCUGAGCAGAGGAGGAACACUGUCCUGCUGUGCUUCCCUCAGCCCCCACAGACUGUAAUAUUCAUUCUCUGCACUUGAACGACCCUUUAAUGAGCAUCAGAAAGUAGUGAGACUGGUCCUAACCUCUGCAGGAAACUCAUCUGUCCCUCAUCCAAACACUUGACUAAGAGUGCUGAGAAAUGUAUUUCCACUUUUUUAACUUCCUGUCAUGUGUCCGUCAGAGUGUCUAUAUAUUGAACAAAUGAUGUAUAUUAUCUGCCUGUAUCAUGUUUAUACGCCUCUGUAGUAACGCGCGUCUCAUCAGGAGGUUAGUGCAUUUCUUCCGUCAUCAGUUUGUGUCGAGACUGUAAAUAAUGUGACUGUUGUAUAAGGCUUACUCUUUGCUACGACUAAUACAGAAAUGCUUUAGCUCCACUGUUAGCAGUAAUGUUCCUGUAAAUUGAAUGGAGAAAUGUCGCUCAUGAGUGUCUGUUUGAUUUCUUUAAUAGACAUUUUUUGAAAAGCGUUUUAUAUUUAGAUUACACUAAAUUUGAAUUAUAUGA